CUCUGCUAAUAUAACAAAGUUUAGAGCUUUUUCAUUGAAUUUCUGACAGUUUUCUUUUGAAGUGAAUUGGCGAUGAGUUUUCGGGACGACAACGAAGAAGGCCGGGAUCUCAAGAAGCCCUUUUUGCAUACUGGAAGUUGGUAUCGGAUGAGUUCCAGGCAGUCCAGUAUAAUGGGAUCUUCUGCCCAAGUCCUUCGCGAUGGAUCAAUCUCCGUUGUCCUCUGUGUCCUAAUCGUCGCCUUGGGCCCUAUCCAAUUUGGCUUCACCUGUGGAUACUCUUCUCCUACUCAAGCUCAAAUUAUCAGUGAUCUUAAUCUUUCGAUUUCAGAGUUUUCAAUUUUUGGUUCCUUGUCAAAUGUGGGAGCAAUGGUUGGGGCAAUUGCCAGUGGUCAGAUUGCUGAAUAUAUUGGCCGAAAAGGGUCGUUAAUGAUUGCUGCGAUUCCUAACAUUUUAGGAUGGCUGGCCAUAUCAUUUGCCAACGAUUCUUCGUUUUUAUUUAUGGGAAGGUUGCUAGAAGGGUUUGGUGUCGGUAUUAUCUCUUACACGGUGCCUGUAUAUAUAGCUGAGAUAGCACCCCAAAACAUGAGAGGAAGACUUGGAUCGGUGAACCAGCUAUCGGUUACUAUUGGAAUAAUGCUGGCAUAUCUGUUGGGACUGUUUGCAAAUUGGAGAGUACUUGCAGUUUUAGGAAUAUUACCAUGUACAAUAUUGAUACCUGGCCUAUUUUUCAUACCAGAGUCUCCUCGAUGGUUGGCAAAAAUGGGAAUGAUGGAAGAUUUUGAAUCCUCUCUGCAAGUUUUGCGCGGCUUUGAUACAGAUAUUUCUGUUGAAGUCAAUGAAAUUAAGAGAUCUCUGGCAUCAUCAAGCAAGAGAACAACAAUUCGUUUUGCGGAUCUCAAGCGCAAAAGAUAUUGGUAUCCUUUAACGAUAGGAAUUGGAUUACUGGUGCUUCAACAACUCAGUGGUAUCAAUGGUGUUUUAUUCUAUGCCAGUAACAUCUUUGAAAAUGCUGGGGUUUCAUCUAGUAAUGUUGCAACAUUUGGGCUUGGGGCCAUUCAGGUUGUUGCAACAGGUGUGACCACAUGGUUGGUGGACAGAACUGGCCGCAGGGUUCUUCUUAUGGUAUCCUCGUCUGGAAUGACCCUGAGUCUGCUCAUUGUUGCAGUUGCCUUUUUUGUUGAGAAAAUUGUUGCUGAAGAUUCUGACUUAUAUCACAUAAUGGGAGUACUUUCACUGGUCGGUCUUGUGGCCUUUGUUAUUGCCUUCUCACUGGGAAUCGGUGCAAUUCCAUGGGUUAUAAUGUCUGAGAUACUUCCUGUGAAUAUUAAGGGUCUAGCUGGGAGUGUAGCGACGUUGGCGAAUUGGACAACAUCGUGGGCAAUUACUAUGACAGCAAACUUGCUUCUGACCUGGAGUGGUGGAGGAACUUUCACAAUUUACGCGUGUGUGGCUGCUUUCACCAUUGUUUUUGUAGCACUUUGGGUCCCUGAAACCAAAGGAAGAAGCCUGGAAGAGAUUCAAUCUUCUUUCAGAUGAAAACGAUCUUCACUGUAUCAUUUGAUCUUUUUGGAUUUUAUUUUCAAAGUUCCUUCGAGUUGUGUGCUCUGUUCAUAUCCAGCGCUGCCUUUAGCAAACCUGUAUCAUGCAUUGCUAUUAUUAUUUAAAAUAAAUGGAGGGGGGGGGGGGACGAGGAAUUUGUUCCAAAUUAUUUCACAA